AUGACACUGCCUCUUGCGCCUCUACCCGAAGCCCUUUUAGGAAGACGAUGCGGCGUUGCGGAAGGGAAGGAUCGUCAUCGGUUCAUCAUCUGUGGUGCUCGUGGAAUACCCAACCUCACAAGGCUCGGGGAGGCUCGGAAGACGUUUCCAGACUUGUUGUGUGAUUCUGUGUUGAACAUUCUAAGCGUAUACGUGAAUCAGCAACAUAAAACCGGCUUGCUUCCCGACGUUCCGAAGUUCUGUUCAUGCCUCCUUCGUGGUGCAGUGCUCCCCGGCUUGCCAUUGGAUCAUGUCGAUGAUCAGUCGAUCCGCGGAUAUCGUGCAGGGCAGCCAGACUCCGAUAAGUACUCGAGUGUUGUGCUAAUUCGGCGGCCUGGAACCUGGCACGAACGGGGUCACAAAGGCGUUAUCGCGAAAACGCUCCUCGGCUCGAAGCCUUGCGAUCAACCGAAAGUCGAGCCAGACUCAGAGCAUGACGGAUCAGACGCUGGUUUUUCAUUCGGCCGAUCAAAAGAAGGUCUGAAGUUUGUGGCAUCACGGGUUCUUCGGAGCCGCCGACUUGUGCCCUCGUACCCUAGAACGUGGUCAACCUGUUUGGUAAUGCGGAAAGUUCAAAUGUUCAUCAAACCUUCAGGCCUUGCAGCAGGGAUCACAGGGAUGAUAUCGAGUCGUGUUCAUGCUAGCAGGCAAGCCAUAUCGAACGCUAUCCUAGACGCGAUAAUAAGAAUCUUCGCAUGGUGA